AUGGCGCCAUCUACGAUUAACGUCCUUCUAUCGUCAUUCCCUGGUCUAUCACUUCCUCCAACCUUAGCCAUACCUCUACCGUCGACUUCUUCCAUCACAGACCUCACAGAUAGAAUAUGCGCCUAUCUUCCAUUCCCGCUAACCGCCCAGUCGUCACCCCUUAUUCUAACAACCACGAGCAACAAGCAAGUUUGCCUCUCCUCGCCUGCAAAACUUGCCAGUCUAAUCCCAGACAUUGAAAAUGGCAACUCAAAUACCACCUCUACUUUCCUACCACUCCGCCUUAGUGUCCGCGUAUGCGGUGGUAAGGGUGGCUUUGGCUCUCAACUUCGAGCAGCAGGAGGCCGGAUGUCCAGUCGACGAAAGGGGAAUCAGGAUACGAACACUGGCUCUAAUCGAAACCUUGAUGGCCGCCGUCUACGAACUGUGAAGGAGGCAAAGGCUCUAGCUGAAUACCUUGCCUUGAAGCCGGAGAUGGACAGGAAAGAGAAGGAAGCACGAAAGAGGAGAUGGGAGGCUGCUGUUGCGGCCGCGGAGAAGAAAGAACAGGAGAUCCGAAACGGCGAGGGGAAAGGAAAGGUGGAUGGUGCCUGGAUGGAAGAUAAAGAGGAGAUGAGCGAAAAGGCACGUGAAGCUGUGCUACAGGCGAUGGCGGGAGGUGCCUGGAAGGACAAUCUUGCGGGUGGCUUCUUGAACAGCUCUUCCCCCAGUGCGAGUGGAAGUAGCGGUUGCGGAGGGUCCGCCAAUGCAAGCGAAGAUAGCGAUAUGGAAGAUGUCGAUGAGGAGGCUGUCCCUGAUGAACCGACCGCGAGUGUGAAGAAACCAGCUAGACGGUACUUUGGAUUCGACGACGAGGAAGAUGAUGAUGAACUGAUGUCAGACGAAGACGAUAGAGCUAACAGUGAGGACGAAGCCGAUAUCAAAGGCAAAGGAAAGGCAAAGGCUUAG